UUACACUCCUCCCCCAGCUACAGCUUAGGGCUGCCAGAGAGUGGGACGGGAAACUGAAACUUGUGCUCUCUUGUUUAGCUGCAGUUUGUUUAGCCUCUUGGUAUGAACUAACUCUUGAAUCUUUAGGCCACGCGUGGACAGCAUCUGAGGGGAUAUAUGAUUUCAGCAGGAGAUGGCGGUGUCGAGCCACAAGCCUGUUGGUAAUGACAACUUGGAGAAAUGGGAAUCAGUUGCCUCUGGGGGAUUUGGUUAUGUGUACAAGGCCAGGCACAAGGACUGGGGCUUUGAUGUGGCCAUUAAGAUACUACGUCAUGGCAUCUGCCCCUUCAUGUCACUUAACGAGGAGGCUGCUCACAUGGAUAAAGCUUCCUGUGAGUUUGUGCUCAGACGGUAUGGAAUUUAUCAGGGAUGUCCGCCUGGUGCAGGACCAUCCAUGCAAAACGGAAUAGUGAUGGAGUUCAUGAGGGGAGGGUCUGUUGAGUCCUUGCUGAGGGUCCUCUCUGGCCCUCCACCAUGGCCCCUGGUCUUCCGCUUGGCCCAUCAAGUGGCUUUGGGCAUGAACUUCCUCCAUUUCCAUGGCCUAAUGCACCACGACCUAAAACCAAGUAAUGUGCUGCUAACUAUCGACCUUAAUGCCAAGCUAGCAGACUUUGGUCUGUGCAGAGUUUCCACCAGUGCUUCGAACAACGGUGAAGGAUCAAGAGAAGAAAGCCUCAGAGAAAUUGGAGGCACAUACAAGUACAUGCCUCCUGAAGCUUUUAAAGAACCAUAUGAACCUCACCGAUCUUAUGACGUCUACAGCUAUGGUAUCCUGCUCUGGUCCAUUGUCACUGGUAAAGAGCCCUAUGGAACAGCUAGUUAUGGUCGUGUGAAGGAGGCGAUCUGUGACGGGCAAAGACCUUCCCUUGUGGAAACUGACCAGAAUAAAGCAGUAGGGUUGAAGGAACUGGUUGUCCUCAUCAAGAAGUGCUGGGAUGGCGAUCCCUCCAACAGGCCUCUUUUUAUAAAGUGCCGUGAAGACACUGAGAAUUUGUUUUCAAAGCACGAGGAGGGAAUUCAUGAGGCAGUCCAACAAGUCUCGGCAAGACUGAAGUCACCAACUAGUAAUCAACAGUCAAACACAUGUGUGGCAGUUGAUGUUCCUCCUCAGACACAAGGACAGACAAGGUCAAAUGAUACUGUGGAUUUUGUCAGAUUUACCAGAACUGAAAGGCCUUCAGCACAGGAUUCUGUCAGAGUUUCUACUGAAAGCAUGAGCAUUCAGGAUAAAGCAAAGUUUGUUGAUGCGAACAGGGCGAAGAUAAUUAGAAGUGUUGUUGAGGUCAUGUCAAUAACAGAGGAUCUUGGAGACAUGGUCCAUGGUGAAGCCUACUCAUGGAUCCAAGCUCAGUUGACAAGCCAUGAAAAGAUGAGAGUGCUUUAUGAUAGAUCAUUGCGUUCAGGAGGGGAAGUGGUCAAAGCAGCCUUCUACGACGCCCUCAAAAGCCAUCACCCAGAACUAGUGAGGAGGCUCGGUGGCUCAUCCUAAAGGAAUUGUGGCAUUCCUGCAUUUUCUGCACAGAGAUGUCAAAAGAGCUUCCACGCCUCUCGUCAUACACUUCAAUACAUUAAUACUGUAUAUUUUUAUUCAUUUGUAACCUACAUAUGUAAUGUAGAAGCCUAAAUGCAAUGCAUCAAUAGUUUAGUUCAUAAUUGAAAGGAAUAUUUACGGUAUUUACAGGUUGACCUAGUUGCAGUAUAUUUACAGUCAUGCAAUAAGGGAGAGACACAUAUUUUCUAUUGCACUGGUCAAUUUUGAGAUUUUCAGACUAGUAAAAACGUCCAAAAUAGCCUACACAUUUAGGUGUUUAUUUAGUUCAGAUUAGUUCAUUAGUUAAAAUCUUUACCCUGCUAUCUUAUUUUUUGUCUAAAAUUGUAUGGAAUUUUACGAUACAUUUCUUUAAAGGCCAUUUUCUCAAAAUGCUCUAAGCCAAAAAUCUCAGCUUCAGUAACCAAACUUUCCUGUGUUGGUAUAUUCUGAAGGUUUUUACAGAGGGGUUUAUCACAUAUUAUUCAUAGACUGAUUUAUGCAACAUGUUCUUCCUUAGAUCAUGGCAAAAAUGGAUUUUUUCUAAUUUAUGGAGUGAUAACAUGGAGUGAUGACAUCCAAAAUGCCCUCUGUAAAAUCCUUCGACUUUAGUAAAGGGAACCAAGAUUUUUUAACCUGGCUUUAUCUGAUGUUCAGAUGUUCAUUAUCAGUUUCUGAUAAUGACUUUAGCUGUUCUUUUAUCUCAGACAUGUAUUAGGAUGUUUCAUACCUUGACAUGUUUUGGCAUGUGUCACUUGGUGGUGGUUGUGACAUGUCUUUAUCAGCUGAUCUGUCAAAGACAUGUCAACUGGGAAAGUUUCAUGGUUAUACCUUAUACCGUUAACAUUUUUACCCUGUUCACCUUCACUGUUUGCCUCCUGGAUGAUUUAAAAUGCAUAUAAUCUUAUUUAUAUAACAUCUGUUAUAUUUUAGUAGUUGACUGUGUUUGUUGCUUCCUAGUUACAGUUUACCUUUAAGUGCCUUUUGAUAUUCUCGCGAGAUGGGGACUUUUAUGAUCAGACAAGUGCCCCCCAUCUCUCUUUAACAAUUCUCGCUUGAACUUUGUUUAAAAAUUUGAUGAUUGUGAAAAAGGACAGUUGUUCUGAACCAUUUUUAUUUUUUUGCGUGUCAAAGUUAACAGUUUUCCAAGCGAUGCUGUGGAUUUGGAUGAGAGGAAUUGUCAAAGCGUCAAGCUGAGGCGCUAAUCAUUUGAAACCAACAUGUAAUUUGGUGAAAUUUUACUACACUGUACAAAAAGUCGUGAAUAUAAUAAACUUUUCAGGAAUAUUUUCUCAAUAAAUGUAUUCUUCCAUAAAGAAAAAAA